AUGGAAACUUUGGCGAGAAAAGGUUAUAUGAAGAAAGAUGAAGUGUCAAACCUGGGGUUCUGUGAGGCUUGCACCAUGGGAAAAGCUCACAAGCAGAGUUUUCCGAAGGCUAAGCACACCACAAAAGCUAUUCUCGAGUACGUUCACUCUGAUUUGUGGGGAUCUCCGAGUGUCACACCAAGCUUGUCAGACAGCAAAUACUUCAUCACUUUCAUUGAUGACUUCUCAAAGAAAAUUUUAGUGGAGAAUCAAACCGGGAAGAAACUGAAGUGUCUUCGCACAGACAAUGGUCUUGAGUUCUGCAACAAUCAGUUUGACAAAUUGUGUAGGGAAUCAGGAGUCAAACGCCACAAGACAUGUCCUUACACGCCACAGCAAAACGGGGUUUCAAAGAGAAUGAAUAGAUCAAUCAUGGACAAAGUAAGGCGCAUGCUUACUGAAACGGGUUUGAAUGGCGAGUUUUGGGCAGAAGCAGCGAGCACAGCAGUCUACAUCAUCAAUAGGUCACCAUCAGCGUCAAUAGAUUUUGAGGUACCAGAAGCUCUGUGGAUUGGGGAUAAGCCGAGCUAUAAUCACUUAAGGACUUUCGGAUGCAUGGCCUACGUACACACAAUCAACGACAAGAUAAGUCCGAGAGCCACAAAAGUAAAGAUGUUGUGUUCCACGAGGAGAGUCUGUUUAAGGAUUUGGGUCAGUGAGCAGAAUCAGGAAGCAGAGAUAAGCAGAGUUCAGAAAAAGAAGAAGACAGUUACCUUCAGCAACGAUUUGGUUCAGGUCAGAGAGGAAUCAGAGGAUACAGAGGAAACACCAAGUUCUGGUGGAGUUGAUUCCUCCGUUGUCCCUACAGACACAGAAGAAGAGUCAAGUUCGUCAAGCUCGUCAAGCUCGUCAGGUUUGUCUAGUGACAAAGACGAGGAUAACAUUGAGUUAAAUGAUCAACCAGGAAAUCUAGACAACUAUCUCUUAGCUAGGGAUCGUGAAAGACGAGUGAGGAGGCCACCAUCAAUGUUUGAAGGAACAGACUUUGUGGCCUAUGCCCUAGCUAGUGCCGAGGCUAUUGAGCUAGACGAACCAAGGACUUACUUUGAAGCGUUAAAGAGUAAAGACGGUAAGCGUUGGGUCUCGGCAUCGGAUGAAGAAAUGGAUUCACUACGAAGAAACUACACCUGGAUCUUGGUGGAAAGACCUAAGGAUCAAAAGGUGAUAGGGUGUAAGUGGAUCUUUAAGCUCAAGCCUGGUAUACCAGAGGUGGAGUUACCAAGGUACAAGGCUAGACUAGUUGCUAAAGGCUAUGCACAGAUUGAGGGAAUCGAUUACAAUGAGGUGUUUGCACCAGUGGUAAAACACACUUCGAUAAGGUUACUUCUGUCAUUGGUGGUUAAUCAAGAUAUGGAGUUGGAACAACUAGAUGUCAAGACCGCGUUUCUACAUGGGAUUCUACAUGAGAAAAUCUAUAUGGAUCAGCCAGAGGGUUAUGUGGAAAAGGGUCAGGAAGACAAGGUUUGCUUAUUGAAGAGAUCGUUGUAUGGGUUAAAGCAGUCGCCAAGAGAAUGGAAUCACAGGUUUGAUUCAUUCAUGAUCAACAAGAACUACAAGAAGAGUGAGUAUGAUCCAUGUGUGUAUCUGAAAGGAGAUAGCAAUGAGAAUAUGGUUUACCUGCUUCUAUAUGUGGACGACAUGCUGAUUGCUUCAAAGAGCAUGAAAAUCAUCAAGGAACUGAAGGAGAUCCUAAGCUCAGAGUUCGAAAUGAAGGAUUGA